GUGCUCUGGCUUUGGCUCUGGUCUCUGGCCAAAACGAGUUUCAGUUGCGAGACAAAACCUACUCAGUGCAGACGUGUUUCUUCGCAGUUUCUUCUAAGAAAAUCUCCAGUUGCAGCUUCUUUUUUUUUCAAAGAGAAAGAGAGCCAGAAAGAGAUUCUUCCCGCGCGCGGCAAAUAAAGAACGCCGAUUCCCCCCAAAAAGAACCAGCACGAGUUGGAGUUUGAGUACUGCUGAUUAUAUAUAUUUUUUUCCGAGUGCCUGCAAAGUUUACAAACCACAAACAGACUUGUUUGACUGGCCCCAAAAAAAUACAAAAAAAAAGUGCAAAAAGUUGUCUAAAAAAAUAAAGAAAUAACCAUUGGAUUUAUCACAACGAUCUGCGCAUGUGGAAUAUAUCUAUUUUGUUGGCAGUCAUGAGGGGCAACGAUAAAAGCUAUUAGGAUUUCCACCAAAGGAGAGGAUUCCAAGAACCGCCUGCAAGAUGAUCAAGUUCAGGUACAAGCGGAAGGAGCCCAGCAAUGUGGUGUGUUCCAGCGGAGGAGGAGGAGCACCUCCAGGAUCAGAGUCACCAACAGCCAGUCCUGCCACACCUAUGGCCACUUCUCCACCCUCUGCAGCCGCCUCACCCAAGGCCAUACCCAUACCCGGCUGCAGUCCCCUGCAUCAUCCCCAACUGGGCCACCUGAUGAUAGGAGCCAAUGGCAAUGGCGGCGGCACCCUGCCCCGCAGCAGUCCCCGGAAGCUAAUGAUGCCGGAUGGGGGACUGGGCGACAAGUCUGCCACCCUGACGCGGCAGCAGUCCAAGCAAAAGUCGGUGAGCCACCUGGCCAAGGUAUCCAGCAGCCUGGAACUGGCUGUCCUGGGCUAUAACGGUGGCAACCUUGGUAAUGCACCUUUGGCUAACUCCAAUGGAAAUGCUGAGCGAGAUCGCUGCAUCAAUGCGGUUAUUGAACUCUUCCAGCAGCUACAAACCAGCUCAGAGCCGGCUCUUUGCCCCGAGCCACUGCGUCGUGCCUUGGCCAGUGGCCCCUUGGCGGGACGCCGCUUUCCCCUGGGCUGCCUGGGCGAUGCCGCCGAGUGCUUUGAGCUGCUCCUGCAUCGCGUUCACUCGCACAUCUCGCCGGAUGACGGUGACUCCUGUGAGUCAUCGGCCUGCAUUGCCCACCGACGCUUCGCUAUGCGUGUGAUCGAGCAGAGUGUCUGCAAGUGUGGGGCCAACUCCGAGCAGCUGCCCUUUACCCAGAUGGUCCACUAUGUCUCCGCUUCGGCUCUGACCUCCCAGAAGAGCCUGGCCCUCCAGUCCCACCAGCAGCUGAGCUUUGGCCAGCUCCUAAGGGCGGCUGGCAACAUGGGUGACAUACGGGAUUGUCCGAACACUUGUGGGGCCAAAAUUGGCAUCUGCCGGGCCCUGCUCAAUCGUCCCGAUGUGGUGUCCAUUGGCAUCGUUUGGGACUCGGAACGUCCGGCCGCCGAUCAGGUUCAUGCCGUGCUCAAGGCUGUGGGCACUAGUCUGCGCCUGGGCGAUGUCUUCCACCAGGUCAGCGAGCAGCGUUGGGCCCAGCAGACGCAGCACGAGCUGGUUGGGAUCGUGUCCUACUACGGCAAGCACUACACCACCUUCUUCUUUCAUACCAAGCUCAAGGUGUGGGUGUACUUUGACGAUGCCAAUGUCAAGGAGGUAGGUCCCAGCUGGGAGGGUGUGGUGGACAAGUGCAGUCGGGGACGCUAUCAGCCGCUCCUCCUGCUCUACGCAGUGCCCCAGCAGCCUUCGUCAGGCGGAGGAGUAGGAGGUCUCGAAGGAAUGGCUAACACUUCUACCAUGCCCGCACCAGUCCCUGCCGCCUCGGCCUCUGUGGUGCGUCGGGCGGUGACUCCCAGUCCGGAGAAGCCCUGUCUGGGCAACACGAGGCGAGCCAUCACCCCAACGCCGCUGCGAACGCCGGCCAGCAAUGACUACCAGAAUCUGAGCGUCAUCCAGAAGAACAUCUUCCCGGGAACCGAUGAAACCGAUGCCUACAUCAGUCGCAAGACCGUGGAGCAUGUCCUGAGUGCCCAGUACCAGAACCUAAGUGUGAUUCAGGACAAGAUUGGGUCACAGGGACAGAGCCAGGGACAGGUGCCGGUGGCAGGACCAGGACAGGCGGGACAAUCAGGAGUCCCGGACAAGGAUGGCGGCUUCCUCAGCCGCAAGCCCAUCGAGGCCGUGCUCAGUGCCCAGCUGGCGCGGCGCCAGCAUCUUCAGUUGCAGCGCAGCCACAGUGCCGAGUCAAGUUCGGGCCAUGGCAGCAGCCAUGGUUCCACCUCCUCCUCCAAUGGCAGCUCUCCGCCCAGCGAUGGCCUCACCAUGCCCGAGCAUCUCAAUCAGCCGCGGCGCAGGGAUUCGGGCAACUGGUCCGGGGAUAGGAACAGCGCCAGCUCGGCCAGCUCCACGACCCUGGACAAUCCCUAUCUGUACAUGGUCGCCAAGCGAGGCGGGGUGGCUGCAGUGCCGCAGAGUCCCACGCGUCAUGGCCUGCCCUACGAUCCGGGCUACGAUUCCUUCUCGCUGAGCUCCACGGACUCGUAUCCGCCGAAGCACACGCUGAGGGAUCCCCAGCUGGCCAAGAUACCAGAGGCGGCCAUGGGCAUGCCGGCACAUCCUGGGCAUCCGGGACUACUAGCAGGACAUGGACUGGCCUUGUCGGGAGACUGCGAGAAGCUGUGCCACGAGGCUGACCAGCUGCUGGAGAAAUCGCGGCUGGUGGAGGAGUCGCACGACCUGGAGACCGCCCUGGUCCUGUGCAAUGCCGCCGCUGGAAGGGCUCGGGCAGCCAUGGAUGCACCAUAUAGCAAUCCGCACACCAUGACCUUUGCCCGGAUGAAGCACAACACGUGCGUGAUGCGAGCCAGGAGCCUGCACCGCCGCAUCCUGGUGGAGAAGGGUGCCGAGACGGAGGCCAUGCCGGAACUGAAGCAUAUGCGGGAGGGCAGCACCAGCAGCGUGAAGCAUGUGCGGCAGAACAGCAAGGAUCGCACGCUGGACAAGGAGCAGCAACAGCUGCAGCAGCAGCAGCAGCAAUUCCAGCAAAUGCAGCAGCAGAUCCCCGCCAGCAUCGAGAUCUAUGCCACGCUGCCCAAGCGGAAGAGUCCGCUCAAGGCUCUGGCCGCCGCCUCGGCCUGCGAUGACAAUGCCAUUGAGUACGAGCAGGAGAAGGUCCUGGACAAGGACAAGGAGAAGCAGGUGACGCCUGGCAAGCCAGAGCGCGAGGGCCGCUCCUUGUUUGGACGCCGGGACAAGGAGAAGGAGAAACGCAGCCGGAGCGAGGAUCGCAACAAGCUCACCCGCGAGUUCUCGCUCACCGAGACGCUGCUGGUCAAUGCCAAGGACACGCUGAAAAAGCACAAGGAGGACAAGGACGAGAAAAAGGAGAAGGACAAGAGCGGCAAGAAGCAGCACAAGAUCCGCCGCAAGCUGCUCAUGGGCGGCCUCAUCCGUCGCAAGAACCGCUCCAUGCCGGACCUCACCGAGGCGGAUCUCACCGAGGCCACCCAUCAUCCCCAUCCGCAUUCCCAUCAUCAUCCGCAUUACCCCGCCAUGGCCACAGCUGGCUCCCAGCUGCUGCUGGGCAGCUCCGUGGACGACAGCGCGGUGGGUCUGGGCAAGCACAGCCAUGGCCUAGCCCACUCGGCCGCCAUGAGUGGCUACAUCUCCGAGGGACACUUUGACUAUCCCAAUGGAGGUAAUGGAGGAGGCGGAGCUGCAGGUCAAGGGGCCGCCGGUGCCGGCAGCAAUCCGAAUCCCAAUCUGGAGCGCAGCAAGCUGAUGCGCAAGAGCUUCCAUGGUAGCGGUCGCCAGCUGACCAUGGUGCCCAAGGUGGCCCCACCGCCGCCCAUGCGCACCAGCUCCACGCUGACCCCCCAGCAGCAGCAGCAGCAGCAACAGUUCCACCACGAGGCCAACCUCUCCAAUCUGUCCGCCAUGAGCUCCAACACCUCCAUUAGCGAGGACUCCUGCCAAACGAUCAUCACCACCUGCGCCCAGGUCCACUCCGAGCAGAGUCCCCUCAAGGAUCAGCUGCAGCUGCUGGGCCAGGGACAGGACCUGCCCCUGCCGCCACCCAUGGAGCUGCCCCCGUAUCCCAGUCCGCCGCAUUCCGCCUGCCAUUCGCGUCAGGCCAGCGAGGAUUUCCCGCCGCCACCGCCCCCGGAAUUGGAUCUGGAGCCCCUCAACCAGCAGCUGUGCCAGCUGCAGGCCUUGGAGGCGGCCAGCAAGCAGCAGCGCCAGCAGCUAGACUCACUGGAGGGCACCACCAGCAUCCUGGCCCAGCUGCAGCAGCGCCAGCAUCUGCUCAAGCUGCGCAAGGAGCAGCAGCAGCAGCAGCCAAACGGUGGCCAUCCGGCGGAUGCCAACUGGCUGAAGGAGCUGCAAGCGAAGCAGGCCAGCGAUCUGCGAGCCAUGCAGCGCAAGCUGGAGGCCUCCUCGCCAUCCAGCGUAAGGGAUUUGGCGCAUCGCUUCGAGCAGACGCAGAUCCGGUCGUAUGCCUCCCAGGAGCUGCUCUCUCAGCCGGCGGCUCAGCUGCGCACGCAGAUGAACGGCCUGCCCAGUGCCAAGCUGGACGUGGAUGAGGUGGACUCAAGGCCCAGCCUGGGACUGCACCAGCAGCAGCAGCAACUGAUCCUGCCUAAGCCUAAGUACGAGAUGAGCCAGUCGCAGAUCGCCGAGGAGAUCCGCGAGGUGGAGCUGCUCAACACGAUGGUGCAGCAGAGUCUCCAGCAGAAUCAGCCGCCCAAGCGGGUCAAGAAGAAGAGCGUCUCCUUCUGCGACCAGGUGAUCCUGGUGGCCACCGCCGGCAAUGAGGAGGACGACGACUUUAUACCGAAUCCCAUCUUGGAGCGAGUCCUGCGCACAGCCCAGCAUCCCAAUGAGAAGGUGGGCGGCGUCACUGCCCAGAUGAUACAGCAGCAGCAGCAGAACAUGCUCAGGUUGCAGACGGAGGCGCAGCCCAGGCAGCAGCAGCAGCAGCAACCGCAGCAGCAGCUACAGCAGCCUCAGCUACAGCAGCAGCCUUCGCCCAUGCUGGGCAGGCCAGCAGCAGCAGCUCCAGCCAAUGCAGACAUGCAGCGCUAUGUCCAGAGGAUACAGCACCACCAAGAGUUGAUGCGCCAGCAGCAGCAACAGAAGCAGCAGCAGCAGCAACAACAAAUGCAACAGCAACAACUACAGCAACAUCGCACCAGCAUGAACGGCCUGGCCAGCCAGCAGGUGCAACACCUACAGCAGCAGCAGCAGCAGCCAAUGGAUGGCCAGUACACCAGCAUGCCCAGACCCCUGCACCACAACCAGAUGCUGGCCCAGAGCUACUCCGUGCAGCUGCAGAAGCACCAGCAACUCCAGCAGCAGCAGCAGCAGGCCUCACAACUGAGCUUGGGCUACUUCAGUAACGGCAGUGUGGCAAUCUCCGAGCAAGUGCCCCUGCCCUCGCCCUACCAGCGAGUGCCCCUGCCACAUGGCUAUCCAGCAGCGGCUAACGCUCCAGGAGUAGCUCCUGCAACCGCCUCUGGACCCGGACCCUAUUUCCCACUGCCCAAUGUCCAACAGCACCAACAGCAGCAGCAGCUCCUGCAACAGCAACAACUUUUGGCUGGCAAACCCGCCGCCAAGAAGGUGAGCUUUGAGCCGGGGACCAAGGGCGAAGCCGACUGCCUGCCACCGCCGCCGCCGCCGCCGCAAACCAAGCUGGCCCUGCAGAAUGGACUGCCGGAGACAGUAUCAGCAGCAGCAGCAUCGCUUGGUGGUGUGCCUCCACCGGCAGGGUCAACGCCGGCGGCCAUCACUGCCAUACCCACCCGCGUCUACAACAAUGCCAUUGUGAAGGCCUCGGCCAAGGCCGUCGAGUGCAAUCUGUGCCGAAAGCGGCAUGUGAUUGCGCCGGCGGUGUACUGCACCAACUGCGAGUACUACCUGCAGAUGCUCAACCAGCGCAGAUGAUGAGCAGGAUCACGAUCAGGAUCCCUCGAUCUAGUGCAACUUUCUAGCCGUACAUGGAACCCGUUAAUCUCAAGCAACGCAAUGCUGCCACAAGGAUGUACAUAGCCAGGAUAACUAGCCCGUAAGCAGAGGAGGAGAAGGAACAGCAGAGGAGGAGCAGCUGCCGCCAGGACAAUGGAUAGCGAGAGGGAACACAGUCCUUCUAUGGUCCCACAUGAGAAGUGCCCGCUGUGCCAACCCAUCCACCAACCCACCAUCAUCAUCCACACCCACAUGCAAGCAUCUCUCGGUCCCCAAGCAUAUUCCCAAAACCAUUCCCACAACACGGAUAUAUACUUGCAAGGACACUAACAACACCCACUGAGGCAUUCCUGGCCAGCAGUUUGCUUCCAACUAACCCUAAGUUUAAUUUUUUUUAAUGUUUUCCACUGCAGAUUUGAAAUCUCUGUGAAAAGUGCCCCAGCAAAGGCUCUACGCGAAUGAUUUGCUUACUUUGGAGUGCCUUAAACUUCAACUUGAACUUGAACGAUUUUUAAUAGCAUAAAAGUACAUAUAUUUUUUUAAGAAUCUCAGUCGCUGAGCUUCCUUGUGCGGGCUGUUGUCCAACGACACUCGCAUUCAAUUUUUUUUUAAACAUUUUUUUAUGUAUAUGCUUAAAUAUACAACUUUUUUUAUACGUGCAUCUUUUUUUUUUUUUGUAAUCAGUUGUAGCAUUUAUUUUUUUAUAUAUUGACCAAUAUUAUGUACUUAAUUAGGCUAAGCUACUUGCAUUUAAACGACUCCGUGUAUUUAUAGUGUUUAUACCUACUUGUACACACAUACAUUCAUACUUAUACAGUUACGCAUACAUAUAUAUAUUUUUAUAAUGAUUUUUUAAAAGAUUUCUCCUUGCAGAAUACGAGUGACGAUGAAAAGAGAUGUCAAGCAUCCACAAAAAAUGGUAAAGAAUUACGUUUUUUUUCUAAAUAAAUAAAUAAAAAAUACAAAGAAA